AUGCCUAAGGAAGUCGAGGACCGCGUGUGUGUUAUAAAGACCUGUGGAAGUCAACAUAUGAGUCCCUACCAGUUGGGAAGAGGGUGGUCUACAAAGCCUAAGGACUACAGUUUCCAGGGCUACAUGUGUCCAGGGCUACAGUUCCCAGGGCUACAUGUGUCCAGGGCUACAAGUGCCCAGGGCUACAAGUACCCAGGGCUACAAGUGCCCAGGGUUACAAGUGCCCAGAGCUACAAGUGCCUAGGGCUACAAGUGCUCAGGGCUACAAGUGUCCAGGGCUACAUGUGCCCAGGGCUACAAGUGCCCAGGACUACAAAUGCCCAGGACUACAAGUGCCCAGGACUACAAGUGCCCAGGGCUACAAGUGCCCAGGACUACAAUUUUGUUUACCGGAUCAAUAAAACUCUGGUACUUCUCUCAACAGCUGUGAUUGGCGUCUGUUUGGCCCAACAGGCCUAUCUGCCUCCAACCAAUGGUUUCAACGGCAACGGGGGUACCGGAAAUGGACUCGCAGUCAAUGGAGCUAACGGGAAUGGGGGAUACUCCAAUGGUAAUGGAGGAAAUGGUGUAACUAAUGGAAAUGGCAAUGGUGGCUAUACAAACGGAAAUGGUGGUUACAGUAAUGGUAACGGAAAUGGUAAUGGAGGAAAUGGUGGAGUAAAUGGCAACGGUGGUCCCACAAAUGGCAAUGGUGGUUACACUAACGGAAAUGGUGGUCCCACAAAUGGCAAUGGUGGUUACUCCAACGGAAAUGGCAACGGUGGUUCCACAAACGGAAAUGGCAACGGUGGUUACUCCAACGGAAAUGGCAAUGGUGGUUCUACAAACGGAAAUGGCAAUGGUGGUUCUACAAACGGAAAUGGCAAUGGUGGCUAUUCUAACGGAAAUGGAAAUGGUGGUUACUCCAACGGAAAUGGCAAUGGUGGUUCUACAAACGGAAAUGGCAACGGUGGUUACUCCAACGGAAAUGGCAAUGGUGGUUCUACAAACGGAAAUGGCAACGGUGGUUACUCCAACGGAAAUGGCAAUGGUGGUUCCACAAACGGAAAUGGCAAUGGUGGUUCUACAAACGGAAAUGGCAAUGGUGGUUACUCCAACGGAAAUGGCAAUGGUGGUUCUACAAACGGUAAUGGCAAUGGUGGCUAUUCUAACGGAAAUGGCAAUGGUGGUUCUACAAACGGAAAUGCCAUUGACGGGAUCUUUAACGGCAUUUUCGACCCCAUCGCUGCCCUUGGUGACGCUAUUGGAGGCGGAGGCGUCCCCGGCGUGGACUAUCCCAUCCUGGCUUCUGUCCCACUCACCGGAUUCUCCUGCACCGGACAAAUCCCCGGAUACUACGCUGAUACUGCCCCAGAGGCCGGAUGUCAGGUGUUCCACAUCUGCCAGGCCGAUGGCAGGAGCGACUCUUUCCUCUGUCCCAACGGCACCAUCUUCAACCAGCAGUACUUCGUGUGUGACUGGUGGUACAACUUCGACUGUUCCACCGCCCAACAGUUCUACGGUCUCAACGCUCAAAUCGGUCUCACCAACGGUAACGGUAACGGGUAUUCCAACGGCAAUGGAAAUGGUGCCAAUGGUAACGGUAAUGGUUAUUCUAAUGGCAAUGGAGCCAACGGCAAUGGAAAUGGUGCCAAUGGAGUCAACGGCAAUGGAAAUGGUGCCAAUGGUAACGGUAAUGGUUAUGCUAAUGGCAAUGGAGCCAACGGAAAUGGUAUUACUAAUGGCAAUGGAGCCAACGGAAACGGAAAUGGUAUUACUAAUGGCAAUGGAGCCAACGGAAACGGAAAUGGUAUUACUAAUGGAGUCAAUGGUAAUGGAGCCAUUGGUAACGGAAAUGGCUAUUCUAAUGGAGCAAAUGGUAACGGGAAUGGCUAUACUAAUGGAGCUAAUGGUAACGGCAAUGGCUAUACUAACGGAGCUAAUGGUAACGGCAAUGGCUAUACUAAUGGAGCUAAUGGUAACGGCAAUGGCUAUACUAAUGGAGCUAAUGGUAACGGCAAUGGCCAUACUAAUGGAGCUAAUGGUAACGGCAAUGGCUAUACUAAUGGUAAUGGUAACGGAAAUGGCAUUAGUAACGGAGCUAAUGGCAAUGGAGCCAAUGGUAACGGAAAUGGCAUUAGUAACGGAGCUAAUGGUAAUGGAAAGCCCAAUGGGAAUGCGUACACGUACCCAAGCCCGGCCGCCACCAACGGGUUGUACCAGGUACCAAGCUUAUAGAUGACUCGGGUUUCGAAGCUUUUCAAAGCUUCUUUUGUCUCAAUCUCUCCCUUUCCGAAAUUCUGAAGCUGCACAGUGUUUCCGUUUCAAGCCUUCAGCUGUAGAUAAGCUGCUGAUGUCUUCUUAAGUAAUGUCUUCUGCUGAUGUCUUCUUAAAUGUCUUCAGCAGCUGUAGAAAAGCAGAAGAGCUCUUCUCCGGUUCCAGUCUCUUUAGCUGCUGUAGAAAUGCUGCUGAUCUCUUCUUCACUUAAAAUCCCUUCAACAAAUCCGUUUCACGUCGCCCUCGACAACAGACGAGUAACUGCAAUUAGUUUGUGUACAAUUUCUGUCUACAGGGCGACUGGAGAAUAUAUAUAUAUAUAUAUAUAUAUA